UCACUCCCUCCCACCAUUCACUCACCCUACAAGUCCUCCAAUCCCCUCCACCUAGGCCAACCAAAACCCAACCCCAAAUGACAUCCUACCUCACCUACCGCGUCGCCGAAAGCGGCCUCCCGCGCGACCACCAACUCCUCUUCGUCGAGACGCACGAAUCCGGCCCUCACUCUGGCCACAAGUACCACGUCAUCGGCAACAUCCAGGAAGGCAUGACUUUCAACCACCGCGCGGCCGGGCCGCCGGAAGAGGAGCCCGUGUUCUUCACGAAGCAGCUCCUGGGCCGCGUGGCGGUCGCCGACUAUCCGCGGUUCUUGGCCGUGUGUGAGACCGUUCCCGUGCCGAAGAAGCAGUUUCAGGGCGCGAAGAGGCUGUAUCCGUCGGAGCCGCUGAGACGGUGCGGGGAGUGGGCGGAUGAGGCGACGAAGAAGCUGUUGGAGGAGGGGGUGAUUGUGCAGGGGAGUGAGAAUUAGGGAUUGGUUUGGGGGGGAGAGGUAUGAUAGGAUGAUGGAAUGAUUAUGAUGAUGGGUUAUGAUUGAUGAUAUCGAGAAUCAAAGAAGCACUGUAUAAUGGGCUGUUGCUUAUGGGUUCGAUUGUUCCUGGAGUGGAGGGAUUUCGGGUCUGUUCUGGUGAUCAUCUGCAGCAGAAGACAGAUGGGAACAUCAGUAGA